AUGUCACAAGAAGUCUACAGCGGCGGCGGUGGUAACGGUGGCGACGGUGCGGCCCCUCAGCUAUACUUCUGUUACCAAUGCAACCGUACGGUGUCCAUCAGACCAUCGCCCACCGCCUUCUCUGAACUCGUUUGUCCCAAUUGCAACGGUGGGUUCCUAGAGGAAUACGAAAACCCUAACCCUAGGCCGGAAACCCCAAAUCCUUUUCUUGCCUUCGAAGAUCCUUCGCCUUUCUCCUCUUUCUCCUCUGGCUUCCCGCUCGUUUUCUCCACCACUUCCCGUGCCGGCGCUGGGAGUGGCGAUUUCCAGAAUCCCAAUGAUCUAUCGGCACUCUUUGGUGGUCCGAUGUCUCGACCUGGAGGUGUCCAGAGCCCUGGAGAGUUUAAUCCUUUUGCAUUUCUACAGAAUUAUCUCAACACCUUACGAGCAGGUGGGGCGAACAUCCAGUUUGUUAUUGAAAACAACACAGAUGGAGAUCCGUCGGGGUUUCGUCUCCCAUCGAAUCUCGGUGAUUACUUCAUUGGUCCUGGGUUAGAACAAUUGAUUCAACAGCUUGCUGAAAAUGAUCCUAAUCGAUAUGGCACUCCCCCUGCAUCAAAAUCAGCCGUCGAAAACCUUCCUAAUAUCAAGAUCACGAAACAGUUGUUGGAGUCAGAUUACUCCGAUUGUGCAGUUUGUAAAGACAGCUUUGAACUUGAUGAGGAGGCGAAACAGUUGCCAUGUAAGCACAUGUACCAUCAGGAUUGCAUUUUGCCGUGGUUGGAGCUGCAUAACUCCUGUCCUGUUUGCCGGUAUGAGUUGCCUACGGACGACCCAGAUUAUGAGAACAGGUCACGCCAAGCUUCUAGCGGUGGUGGUUCUGUAGGCGCUGCAGCGUCUGGUGGUGGUUCUCAAGAUAAUCCUCUGACACCAAGGACUCUGGAGAGAAGGGGAGUGGUGGUCACGCUAGACAAGAAGAUCUUGACUAAAGACAGAGGGAAAGGAAGAAUUGAAGGUGGUGUACUAUGUUGAACAUACAGUGGAAUCUUCUUCUUGGUCUUAUAUACAUGGAAGAUUAGAGAGAAAGAAAGAAAUAGAUUGAUGAUGUAUCUUUUAGCAAGCAUUUUAAUAAUCACAUUUACAUGCAUGCUUUUCAAACUUCUUAUCUCUGCACCUUUUUGAUCAUGUGGUAAUACACAAUUGUUAUGCAUGCAUCACUUUUCGUAUAAAAUCAUUUUCAUGUUCUUCUAUAUUUGGUUGAGGAACAUGAAACUUGAAAAGGUGGUUUUGGGUUGGGGCCCACAUCAACAAUAAUACUAC